UAUAGAAGGCUUGUAGUCGGUUAAAGCAAAAUAUUGGAAACGUAUAUAAAAAGAAAAAAAAAUCGUUUUAUUUUGGGUAGAGAAUCAGAGUAUGUAUAGUCUAGAUAUAUAAAUAUAAAGGGUUUUCAGAGGGUUUUUGGGUUAAGAGGUAAAAGGUCGUUGCUUCUCACAUCUUCAUAAGAAAUUCUGUGAACGCGUUUUUUUUUUUUGUAGAGAGUCUUUGAGUAUAUAUAUAUAUUAAGGGUUUCUCAGGGUUGCUUUCCUUCUGCUUUUAAGUUUUAAGAGCCAAAGUUUUGGUGCUUUUCACAAGAAAUUCUCUCUGUUUUUGGUUCUUCGUUAUUUUGUUAGGUUGCCGUUUCGUCGUUCAGGAUCGCUUGGCUUGGGUGUCUCUGUUUUCUUGAGAUUUACGUUCUUUAUGAAGAUAACAAGUUCAUAGUUGUUUCUUUUCGCUCAAAUUCUCGUGAUAUUUUAAGAUGGAUUCUGUUAAACCAUCAGCUGUGACUCCUGCUAAGAGCAAAUUGGCACGCACUUUUGCCAAAGUUCUUCACCUUCGGGCAGCAACCGGAGUUGCUCCAGUAGAUGGAAAUCACAAGGUUAAGCCCCAGCAAAAGGUUAAGGAAGAUCGGCAUGGACAUGUUGGUAACGUUAAGGUUAUGACAGCUAGUCAUAGUCUGUCUCAAUCUUUUGAGAAGGGUGAAGAGGUUGAGAAUAAUAAGGUGGCCUUGGAAGCUCUUCUUGCCACACUUUUUGCUAGCGUUUCAUCUAUUAAAGCUGCAUAUGCUCAGUUACAGCAUGCUCAAUCUCCUUAUGAUCCUUAUGGGAUUCAAAGUGCUGAUCAAUUGGUAGUGUCAGAGUUGAAGAGCUUGUCUGAAUUGAAGCAUGUUUACUUGAAGAAACAGUUCGAUCCUUCACCUUCACCAGAGACUGCAAUGGUUAUGGCUGAAAUUCAGGAGCUAAAGAGUGUUUUGAAAACCUAUGAAAUCAUGGGGAAGAAGCUGGAAUCUCAGGUCAGGCUCAAGGACUCCGAAAUUAUAUUUCUUAGAGAGAAGUUGGAGGAAGCCAUUAAUCAGAACAGGUUACUUGAGAAGAGAUUAAACCAAAGUGGGCAAUUAUCUGUGCUUGACAAUCUUCAUAAAUCAGGCUUAAAUCCUAGCCAUUUCAUGACAGUUCUCCGUCAUACAGUUAAGUCCAUUCGAAUCUUUGUCAGGUUGAUUUUGGAUGAGAUGAAAGCUGCUGAGAUGGAUAUUGAUGGAAUAGCAAAUGCAAUGGAACCAUGUGUGGUUUAUUGGAAAGAUGAUCACAAAUGUUUCGCAUUUGAGUCCUACGUUUGCAAGGUCAUGUUUAGCCAUUUUGGUUAUCCAAACUUCUCUGAACCAGAUGAUGAUGAUCAUGAUGAGAAGCCGGAUCGAGAGUUAUUUUUCAGGCAAUUCAUGGAAUUGAAAUCUGUGAAACCAAAGGAGUUUCUUACCAUGAAGCCUAAUUCAGAGUUUGCUAAAUUUUGCCGCAAUAGGUACUUGAAACUUAUUACUUCCAAGAUGGAAUCAUUAAUAUUUGGUAAUCUUAGAGAAAGAAACCUCUUAAAUGCUGGUGAAUUUCCAAACACACAAUUCUUUGCUUCAUUCACUGAAAUGGCAAAGCGGAUUUGGCUCCUACAUUGCUUAGGCUUUUCUUUCGAACAUGUAUCAAUCUUUCGAGUCGACAAGGGGUCUCGAUAUUCAGAAGUGUACAUGGAAUGUUUAGCUGAUGAAGUGUUCCUUUCAUCCGAACCAGAAGUGGCUUUUUCAACCAUUCCAGGAUUCCAGAUCGAUAGAACUAUUAUACAGGGCCAGGUCUAUAUAUCUCCAAUUGCAAAUCAAGAUGGUAAGUAGCUAUCUAGAGAGAUUUAUACAACAUGUUGGACCCGACACAAACAAUAUGACAUAUUGAACAGGAGGCCAUUUGAUGAGUAAAAUGGCUUGCCCUGCUCUGUGUGUGUGUUGUUGUGGGGGACUGUUAAUCUAGGCGUUUUGUCCUUUUUGUUUUGUGGCCAUUCUGAAAAGGAAACCGCGUGGACCGUUGCGUUGGGAACAGCCUUUUGGAUCUUUGUAUACUUUGUAAUAUUUUGUUUUCUUUCAAUGACAUAUCCCCUCCAAUUUUGUUAAUA